GCUCGCCUUGCCUUGCAGAUCAGUCUCUCCGCGGCUCGGUCUUUCUGCAUAGGCAAUCACAGCUCCUACUUGCAGACUCAACUCCCUCUCGCACUGAUUGCAAUGAAUUUUCUGCCUGAAUGUAGGUCGCUUGCAACCGAGAACACGAGUUUCCUUCAAAUCCAGUGUUGUUGUCUUUCUUCUUGUUAUUUUUAAUUUUUCCCCCCUUUCGUGGUCGUUGCAUUCCUUUGGAGAAGCCAAUCGCAUUGGAUUCCAAAAAGGAGAGCAGGAACCGUAUGUGAAUAAUCCUGGAUGCAUGAUAGCCCGAGAGGAUUUCCUGAAAGAUUCUGGCUGUGUAAAAAAGACCCCUAUGCUUCUGCAGCUAUCCCAGUGUUAAGGAAAAAUUUCUGCUGUAACUAAAAUGACAUCAUGCUGCCUCCUAUGGGAGAAUGCUGAAGCCGGCUCAAAAAUACAACACAGUGGCUGACUGAGUGUGCUGGACUUCCCUGAAAGGAGCCAUUUCACUGGGCCAGUGGAAUAACUGCAGAUCUCUCACCACUCUACUUGUCGGGAAUUGCUGUGCGUUGCCAGGAUUAAUUCAACACUGAAGUCUGGGAUGGGCCUUAGGGGCAAACACUCUCUUGUUUCUUCUGACAUUGGGAUUUGUCUACAGCCAGUCAGCUGAGGCACCUACCACACAUCAGCUUUUGUUUUUUUGUUACCUGAACAAAGAUACAUUUUCCUUCACUUCAUCUCCUUUUGACUACUUUUUUAUUAGUUUUCAUUUUCCUUGACUGAAUAAUUUCUCCUGGCUGUGGAAAAAAGAGCCCUGCUGAUGUUGAUUUAAAUAAUGUCGAAACCAAUGGGACUCCUAUGGCUGCCUUUGAUCUUCACACCAGUGUGUGUCAUGUUGAAUUCUAACUUCCUCCUGUGGAUAACUGCACUGGCUAUAAGAUUUACUCUCAUUGAUGGCCAAGCACAAUACCCAGUUGUUACUACAAAUUAUGGCAAAAUACGUGGUUUAAGAACACCUUUGCCUAAUGAGAUCCUUGGUCCAGUGGAGCAGUACUUGGGUGUUCCUUAUGCUUCUCCUCCAACUGGAGAAAGGCGAUUUCAGCCCCCUGAGCCACCGUCGUCUUGGACGGGUGUCCGCAACGCCACACAGUUUGCCGCUGUCUGCCCGCAGUACCUGGAUGAGAGGUCACUGCUCAACGAUAUGCUGCCAGUCUGGUUUACAGCCAAUCUGGAUACUGUGGUGACAUAUGUUCAAGAUCAAAAUGAAGACUGUCUGUAUUUGAAUAUCUAUGUGCCCACAGAGGAUGGAGCCAACACAAAGAAAAGCGCAGAUGAUAUAACCAGUAAUGAUCGUGGUGAAGAUGAAGACAUUCAUGAUCAGAACAGCAAGAAACCUGUUAUGGUCUACAUCCAUGGUGGAUCUUACAUGGAGGGUACUGGAAAUAUGAUUGAUGGCAGCAUUCUCGCAAGUUAUGGAAAUGUCAUUGUUGUCACUAUCAAUUACAGGCUGGGGGUUUUAGGUUUUUUAAGUACUGGGGACCAAGCUGCAAAAGGCAAUUAUGGAUUGCUUGACCAAAUCCAAGCUUUACGUUGGAUUGAAGAAAAUAUUGGAUCUUUUGGAGGAGACCCGAAGAGAGUUACUAUUUUUGGAUCUGGGGCAGGAGCUUCCUGUGUCAGUCUCCUGACACUCUCCCACUAUUCAGAAGGUUUGUUCCAAAAGGCAAUCAUACAGAGUGGAACAGCCCUGUCCAGCUGGGCAGUGAACUAUCAGCCUGCCAAGUACACUCGGAUAUUGGCAGAUAAAGUGGGCUGCGACAUGCUGGAUACCACUGAUUUGGUUGAAUGUCUGCGGAAUAAGAAUUACAAAGAACUCAUUCAACAGACUAUCACUCCAGCCACAUACCACAUUGCCUUUGGGCCUGUGAUAGAUGGAGACGUGAUUCCAGAUGACCCUCAGAUUCUAAUGGAGCAAGGGGAAUUCCUUAACUAUGAUAUAAUGCUGGGUGUAAAUCAAGGGGAAGGUUUAAAAUUUGUGGAUGGCAUUGUAGACAAUGAAGACGGUGUUUCUCCCAAUGAUUUUGACUUUUCUGUCUCCAAUUUUGUGGACAAUCUAUAUGGUUAUCCAGAAGGGAAGGACACACUGCGAGAGACCAUUAAAUUCAUGUACACUGACUGGGCAGACAAAGAAAAUCCAGAAACAAGACGGAAGACCCUGGUUGCUCUUUUUACAGACCACCAAUGGGUUGCUCCAGCUGUUGCCACAGCUGACCUGCAUGCCCAGUAUGGAUCUCCAACAUAUUUCUAUGCAUUUUAUCACCAUUGCCAAAGUGAAAUGAAACCCAGCUGGGCUGAUUCAGCUCAUGGUGAUGAAGUCCCUUAUGUGUUUGGGAUUCCUAUGAUUGGUCCCACAGAACUGUUUAACUGCAACUUUUCCAAGAAUGAUGUCAUGCUCAGUGCAGUGGUUAUGACAUACUGGACUAACUUUGCCAAAACUGGAGAUCCAAACCAGCCUGUUCCACAAGACACAAAGUUCAUCCACACAAAACCCAACCGCUUUGAAGAAGUAGCCUGGUCCAAAUACAAUCCGAAAGACCAACUUUAUUUACAUAUUGGCCUGAAACCCCGAGUUCGUGAUCACUAUCGAGCAACAAAGGUUGCUUUCUGGUUGGAGCUUGUACCACACCUUCACAACCUGAAUGAAAUAUUUCAGUAUGUUUCCACAACAACUAAAGUCCCCCCUCCUGACAUGACCUCAUUUCCGUAUGUGACCCGACGUUCUCCUGGGAAAUUAUGGCCAGCCACCAAACGUCCAGCAAUGACACCUGCCAACAAUCCCAAACAUUCGAAAGACACCCAUAAAACAGCUCCAGAGGAUACAACAGUUCUGAUAGAAAACAAAAGGGAUUACUCCACAGAGCUGAGUGUCACCAUUGCUGUGGGGGCCUCCUUGCUCUUCCUCAAUAUUUUAGCUUUUGCUGCAUUAUAUUACAAGAAGGACAAGCGGCGUCAUGAGACUCACAGGCGCCCCAGCCCCCAGAGGAACACCACCAACGACAUAGCACACAUACAAAAUGAAGAGAUCAUGUCCUUGCAGAUGAAGCAGCUAGAACAUGACCACGAGUGUGAAUCGCUGCAGGCCCACGACACACUGAGACUCACCUGUCCGCCUGACUACACGCUCACUUUGAGAAGGUCCCCAGAUGACAUCCCGUUAAUGACACCCAACACCAUAACCAUGAUUCCAAAUACAUUAACAGGAAUGCAGCCUUUGCAUACUUUCAACACCUUCAGUGGAGGACAAAACAGUACAAAUUUGCCCCAUGGACAUUCAACCACUAGGGUAUAGCUCAGCCCUUCCCCAUCUACCCUCACAAGCCACUUGGAAGAAAGAAAAAAGAAAAAAAAAAAGAAAAAAAUGAAGAAAAAGUAAUAUACCAUCCAUGGAACACCUUGUCAAAAUCUAAAGUAAAAAUAAGUAAAAGAGAAGGACAGUCAUUAUUUUCUUACUGAUCCUUCCCACAGAAACUCACUGAUGUUAAAGAUCAACUACAAACCCUGUGAAAUGUGAAAAGUGUACAUUGCUGUUACAAUACUGCUUUAAGAUCUCAGCCACUUUGAUUGAAAUUUGAGGCCAGAAGAAGUAAUUUAAAAUGAUGUUGUAAGUCUAACAAGCAAAGCAGAGUCUUCUGGAACACAGAGCCAGUGACUGUACAGGUGUUUUGUUUUGGUUUUUUUUAACUAAAUAAAAUUAUAAAAAAGAUUCUUUAUGUGCCAUACCAUGGCCAUUGAUAAAACAAAGACAUCACCAUGGGCUUUUACCCAGCAUAUGAAGCUGUAAUUCAGAUGGGGGAAAAUAGAAUUUUAUUAUUAAAAACAAAAAUAAAAAAAAAAAAAAAAGAGGAGGACUGACUAUGCAGUAAAAUACGUAUAGUUCUGUGCAAAGAGAUGACUUGCCAGCCUGAACUAUAUUUAAAGAAACUUUGUAAAAAUGUACAUAGCUGUGAGUUUAAAAACAAACAAAAGAAGAAGCAGCUUUUAUUGAUGUUUUCAGUUUGAAAAGAGCUUUUAGAAAGAUUGUGCAUUCGAUUGUGACCUAUGUGUAUAUACAUUAGUCAUAUGACCUCUGUUUCCUCCAAGACCAAAGGAGGAAUUUCUUCUUAAUUACUAGUGGUUAACAAAGACCAUGAGUUUUUUCUAACAUGUUUCAUUUAUAUGAGGCCAUGGUGUCAUGCAGAGGAUACAGUUGUCUGUGUGACCUGCGUAUUUUCUCUUACAGGUUACACUAGUGCAUGUUAAAGUAUUCAUAGGAGAUUGUUGUUCUUUUCUGAAACAUUUUUUCAAUAAUUUAAUUUUGUGUUAGCCUUUGUUAAAUUCCAACACAGCAAUGGAUUGGAAAACAAAGAGAAAAAAUACAAAAGAAAAGAAUUACUAUUUUAAGCUUGUUGAACUGAACCAAGAAACAUCCAAUAAUAUAUAUUUGGAGUCCAGUUUGUAAUUCUUGGUUAUUGUGAUACAUUAGGAAGAGUUUUGUGCCCUGACAAAAACAAUGAAAGCCUGUGUUUUGGUCAGCCUUCUUCAAGGAAAACUAGCUCUAUACUCACCAGCAGAUGCAGUGGAAUCUCAGCUGAGAAAGCACCUCCUCAGCAUUGCUAAACAAAAUAAAACUACAAUUUGAGAGUUGGGAAAUGCAGGGUUGGUUGGCUGGCUGUUUUUCAAACUGUUCAGAGUGAUGAGUAUGUAAAGAACUUCUCAGCCAAGUAUCUUGUUUUGCGCUUGAGGGCAUACCUGUCAGAAAAUUCUUAUUUGCUGAUUCAUUGCACUCAGUCCUACAGUCAGUGAGCAUUAUGGAGAGAGAAGCACAGAAAUCCUCAGCUGUUCUGCAUUUGAAUAAAACUGAAAAUCCCAGAGAGCACCACUCUCAGGAAAGGCAAAAUUAUUAGCUGGUUAUUCCCUUCUGCCUUUCCUUCACUAGAAAAACAGGGGCCAAGUAGAGCUAUCAAAGUAACUUUGCAGUUUGAUUCAAACAACUGAUUUGAAUGUGAAUAGUUAGAAAAUAGUUUUUGCAGAUGAAGAUUGCUUUAUAUUUUGUCUUUGAAAGUUACUCCAUCAUAGAGAGAUAGUAACCAAAGAUCUUUGAACAAAUUGGUCUGCACUUGAACGUGGCUAUCCCAGAUGUAUUUUCUAUUAUUAAUUCACAGCUAAACUGCAUCAAUAUCAUAUGUCCUAUAAUGAUUAACAUAAGAUGCCUUGUACCUCUUCUUGCUUUCCACACUUUUUGUUUUCUAAUAAAAUACCUUGAAAUAGUCCCCCCUACAAAUAAAAUCAAAGACAAGGUGAUUCAUUGAGGUCUAUUCAUCUGCACAACUCUUUGUUGUAGCAGGCAGUAAAGCAAAUUCUGAAGGAAAGAAAUAAAAAAGAAAUAAAAAAUUAAUGACAUGAUAAAAAUGCAACAUGUGGCUAAUAUAAUCCUUUAUCUACAGAAAAUGUGCUAUAAAUCUGACCUGGGAGCUCAGGUUGGAAUGUGAUGAAGCAGCGAUCCCAAAGUAAAUGGAAAAUAGUUUUGUUUUUUUCACUGAUCCAUCACAUAAUAUAUUAAUGCUGACUCUAUACCAGGCCAUUUCCACCAGCUAUGUAAUGCCGCAGGUGAGAUGCAGCAGUUUAUAACUCUUAAAAAAAGGUUUAAAAAAAAAGAAAAAAAAAAAGUUAAAAAAAAAGGUAAUGAUGCUUGGCAUCAUAAUCAGUUGGAUAUGUUUGUAAUGUGACUUACAGUAUUUGUUUAGUACUUCCAAUUGUCUUCUGCUAGCAAUAUGUACAGUACUGUGUCAGGCUUGUGACAUUUGGGUAAAAAAGUUCCUGUAAGUGAAUGAUUUUAGCUUUUAAAAGUAAUUACAAUCAAGUUGAUUUAAUAAUUUGAUACAUCUGGACUGAUGUAUGAUUUAUAGAGGGAACAGAUUUAUAGGGUCUUCAUAGAAUUCUACAAUAAUGAUAUCAAAAUAUACUUUGAAACUGUAAAAGAAAAACUAAAGUACUUUCCCAGGCUUAUAUUCUUGUCCUUAAGAGGCACACAGGGUUCAAUGGUUUCUUCUGUUAUUGUUUUGCAAUUUUUUGGUUUUUUUUUGCCUUAAGUAAUGAUAGAAGAUAUAUAUGGCUGGACACAUAUGUAUAAACUUUUCAGCAGCAUUUUUAAUAAUAAAAUAUCACGGUAUUUUCUAAUGCUUUGUGCAAAUAAUUAUGUGUUCAUCCUUUUGUGUAGAAAGUGUUUCAGAGGUGUGUUUUCUGCCCCAUCUCUAUUUCAUUAUCUACUGUAAACAAUGCCUUGAUACUCAGUACAAAAAUAUUAAAGUAACAGAGGUUGCACUUUUAAGUUAGCAUUGAGUUUCCAUGGCUUCUGUAGUUCUAUAAGCCUGCCAGUAAAAGGAAAGCAACUCAGACAAUGAAGCUUUAAAAAAAUAAGCUCCAUAUAGUUAUUACAUGUAUACACUGCAAUUCCCAUUGAAGUAAUGUUUUAAUUGUUUUGUUAGUAUUUCCUGAGGCGCUGAAAAAAAAGCUUGGGUAAGCAGUUUCCCAUAUUAGUGUAUAGCUCAGCUUCCGAAAAAUAGAAAAAUAUAUCUUCCAAGUUAGGGAUCGAAAUAAUGCAGAUAAAUCUAAUAUGUCAAGCUCUGCAAGUCACUGCUUCAUUUUUAUAUUUUAAGUUUAGAUAAACAAUGGGUUUUGUUAGAAAAAAAAAUGUAAAAGUAGCAACAUAUGUUACACAUAUGCAUUUAAGGUAUUUACAUAUAUUGCAAGGAUGUUAAUAUCAUUCUUCCCUCAAAGGCUGAGAAAGUAAAUAAUUUGUUCUUUUAUUAAAUCAGAUUCUGUUUAUUAACCAGGUUUCCUUUCACUGGAAAGGUAUGUAGACACUUUAGUAAUUUGAACUGGGUAUGUUUUCUUUCUGUAACUAUUCUGCUGAAUAGAGGUACUAACAAUAAUGUUUGAUUAAUUUUGAGCAUAUUAGUGAAGAGUAUUUGCAAAAAUCAAAAUCUUAAUUAGUCAUAUCAAAAUUUUGAUAUGAAGAAUCAAGCUUCUGUGAUAGAAACAUGCACCUACUGACCUAAUCAAGCAGCUUGAAUUUUGAAUAUUGAACUUGUGUAUAAAGCUUUUGCAAAUAAAGUGCAGAUUUUGAGUUUUUCA